UGGUUACCCCUUGUAGUUGACGGUUGACGUUUUCUGUCAACUAUCAAUUGAAUUAUCCAUACAAGCUGAAAGGUGACAACCUAAAUUUUGACACUGAUUACGUUACGAUAUCUUUUGUUUGUCAGUAAAAACCAACCUAACAAAAUUUAUGGAAACCUAUUCACGAAUAUCCCUAAAUCUUAGGGAGUAAUUUCUUCCAGAUACGACAAUAUUAAUUAUUUUUUCAACCAUAAUUAAGUUAGCAGCAAAUUAAGCAAUUACACAUAGUCAUUGCCAACUAUGACGCUAAAUUAAAAAAAAAACCUACUGAGCUAGAAUAAAUUCUCUAGAUGCCCACAGCAAAAACUGUCGCGCACGCCUAUGACCGGACGUUGGGUUUAACAUCAGCUGGAUCGUAACUUUAGCCACCAAUUUUGAAAAUUAACUCAAGGUCGUAGGUUAACAAGCAAAUUUCCAAGGCCGAAAAUCAUAAAAAUGUGUCGAAAGUGGCAUUAAAACAGUAAAAAUUUAAUGUAAAAAUCCUCAGUGACGUAGAAUUGAUGAAUUGCGGAAAGGACUCGUUUGCGAAAAAAGCGAUGGCGAAAGGAUAGAAGCCGUUGAUUUAUCGAAAAAGCCGUUAAAAUAGAAUGGAAGACGAAUUAGACGACAAAAUCCUUUACCAAACAUACGUGUCCCACAUGAAACUCAUGUCUCGGAUAGCGUGGGGCGUCCCUCUAAACAUCUCCCCGUUAGCGUACACCUCGCACGUAUGGAGACUCCUCAAAGUGUACAUGUUGAAGCCGGAAAUACUCAUUUUCGGCACGAUAGUCCUGUUCAUGUUAAUGUAUAUGCAAGCACUCGAUGUAUGGAGUCGUAAUUUGCUAGGGCGUCUGCAGUACACCAUCAACCGGGGCCCCAGAACCGCCCCCGACAAGCUCAGCCUCUUCACCGGGGGCGACUUGGACAAGGCCAGUUGGGAGCUCAAAAUCGGCCCUUACGCCGCCUACGCCGUCCAGGGCCGGCGCCCCAAAAUGGAGGACCGCUUCGUCAUCAACGACAACAUCAACAACACGGGCGUGGCCCUCUUCGCGGUCUUCGACGGCCACGGGGGCGAAUUCGCCGCCAACUACGCCAAAGAGAAGCUCAUCCAAAGUCUCUACAGUCGAGUGGUCGAAAUCAAAGACAUGAUCGCGGGGAAGACGGUGAAAACGUGCGACGAAGAAGACCAACCCGAGAAAAAGGACCCGGAAAAGCCCUCCACUCCCAGUCUUGCCGAGCGCCGGAAAAGCUUCCGGAAAACCAGCUCCACCACCGAUGAAUGCAUCAAAGGUGCCAAAGAAAUCACAGACACUGAACUACUCUCAAAGCUAGAUAAUAUAGCACGACCUAUAACCCGGGAGGUGCGCCCCUCGUCGCGCCCCCAAUCCUUCAAAAAAGUCCCCUCGACGAGCUACUUCGACAAGGCGGGAACUGUCAACUAUGGGAAACUCCUCACCGACGAGGUGUUAGCCGCCGAUCAACGCCUCCUCGAAACCGCCAAGAAAAGCAUGGACGUAGCUGGAACCACCGCUCUGAUCGCCAUCCUCGAAGGCGCGAAACUCAUCGUGGCCAACGUGGGGGAUUCCCGGGGGGUGAUGUGUGACAACAAGGGCAAUGUCAUCCCCUUGUCUUUCGACCACAAGCCCCAGCAGAUGCGCGAGAGGAAACGCAUCAAAGAGGCUGGCGGUUUCGUUACUUUCAACGGCGUCUGGAGAGUGGCCGGCAUCUUAGCCACUUCCAGAGCGCUCGGGGAUUACCCGCUCAAAGACAAAAAGUUGGUCAUUGCCGACCCGGAUAUUCUCACGUUCGAUCUAAACGACCACAAACCGAUGUUUGUGAUUUUGGCUUCCGAUGGCUUGUGGGACACUUUCUCGAACGAAGAAGCGAUCAAUUUUAUCAAGGAACGACUGAACGAACCCGAUUAUGGUGCUAAAAGCUUGACUUUACAGUCGUAUUAUCGCGGUUCUUUGGAUAACAUCACUGUCAUUGUGAUUAACUUCAGAGAUAACGCCUUUAGCUUCCACAGUACGGAGAAGAGCGCUUAGGAAGAGGCUCGGUUUUGCUCAAAUUAGUUGAGAUUUGUACCUGAGGUUUAGUCUAGGUCAUUUUGUGUUGAUUUUACUGAUUCCUGAAGUCUCUUGAAUCGAUUACGUGUUGUUUAAGUUUCAAAGAACUACAAUUACUCAAUAAUGGCUGUAAGGUUUGUUGAUUAUUUCUCUCGAUGUAUACAAUAAACGAAUUAAAACGA